AUGGAGUAUUGUUUACGAGUAACCUCUGUUCCUUCUCUCGACAAGGACAAGUUGCCUGGAUCUCGAUGUGUGGGAAACGGAGCAGAAGAGGAUUUUAACUUUGUCUUCAAGGUGGUGCUGAUAGGGGAAUCUGGAGUGGGGAAGACCAACCUGUUGUCAAGAUUCACAAGAAAUGAGUUCAACCAUGACAGUCGGACAACCAUUGGGGUGGAAUUCUCUACUCGAACUGUGUUGCUAGGGACAGCAGCUGUCAAAGCGCAAAUAUGGGACACAGCUGGGCUGGAACGAUACCGUGCCAUCACUUCAGCGUAUUACAGAGGGGCAGUUGGGGCCCUUCUGGUAUUUGACCUAACUAAACACCAGACCUACGCCGUGGUGGAGCGCUGGCUGAAGGAGCUUUAUGACCAUGCAGAGGCCACCAUUGUUGUCAUGCUGGUGGGCAAUAAGAGUGACCUGAGCCACGCAGGAGAGGUGCCCACCGAUGAAGCUCGCAUGUUUGCUGAAAAUAAUGGACUCCUGUUUAUUGAAACCUCAGCUCUUGACUCUACUAAUGUUGAGCUGGCCUUCGAAACUGUCCUCAAAGAGAUUUUCGCCAAGGUGUCCAAGCAGCGGCAGAACAAUGCCCGUGCCAAUGCAGUCACUCUGGGCAGUGCCCAACCUGGGCAAGAGCUGGGGUCUGAGGAGAAAAAGGCUUGCUGUAUCAACCUCUGA